CUCUCUUUUCUCCUCCGCCUAUUCCUCCUUCUUCCUCUCUUCUCCGUUCUCAUUGAACACUGUUAUUCUAAACCAGAUCGAAAGACAUAUAUCGUGUACAUGGGUCAUCAUCCAAAGGGCAUCAACCCCUCAUCCUUGCCUUUGCUACACGCCACCAUGGCUCAAAACGUCCUUGGCAGCGAUUUUGCACCGGAAUUAGUACUGUACAGCUAUUGGAAGAGCUUCAAUGGAUUUGUCAUGAAGUUAACUGAUGAAGAAGCCAAAACAAUGGCCGGAAUGGAGAAUGUAGUGUCUGUUUUCCCCAACAGAAGGAACAAAAUCCAUACAACAAGGUCGUGGGAUUUCGUUGGUCUUUCCCAAAAAGUGAAAAGAAGUGAUUUGGAGAGCGACGUAAUUGUGGGUGUUCUUGAUUCAGGAAUUUGGCCAAAAUCUGAAAGCUUCAGUGACAAAGGAUAUGGUCCUCCACCUGCCAAAUGGAAGGGCUCAUGCCACAACUUCCCUUGUAACAAAAAAAUAAUAGGAGCGAAGUAUUUUAACUGUCCAAUGGAAUUUGAUAAAGAUGAUAUAAAAAGUCCAAUUGAUACAAAUGGACAUGGUACACACACUGCAUCAACAGUUGCUGGAAACUCAGUUGGAUCAGCCAGUCUACUAGGCUUGGGUUCCGGCACAGCGAGAGGCGGCGUUCCGUCGGCACGAAUUGCGGUGUACAAGGUGUGUUGGGGCAACAGGGGUACAUGCCACGACGCAGACAUCUUGGCUGCAUUUGAUGAAGCAAUUUCUGAUGGUGUUGACAUUAUUUCCCUUUCUGUGGGAGCUCGAGGAGGGAACCCUGCUGAGUAUUUUGAAGAUGCAACUGCAAUUGGAGCUUUUCAUGCCAUGGCAAGAGGCAUAUUAACAUCUAAUUCUGCCGGUAACGAUGGUCCUGAGAGUUACACAAUGAGCACCUUAGCUCCUUGGUUGAUUUCUGUGGCUGCUACCACUAUUGACAGAAAGUUCUCUACCAAACUUCAAUUAGGCAAUGGCUUGGUUUUUGACGGAAUCUCCAUUAAUACGUUUGACCUCAAGGAUAAACAGUAUUCAUUGAUUCAUGCUUCAGACGCUCCCAAUGUCAGAGGUGGAUUUAAUUCAUCUUUUUCUAGGUACUGCUUCCCAGGCUCUUUGGACAGAGAAUUGGUGAAAGAAAAGAUUGUUAUGUGUGAUUAUCAAUUCGCAGAUAAUGAGGUUGCAUUCAUAGCUGCUGGUGUUGUACAAACAAGCCCAUUUCCUAAAGAUUAUGCUGUUUUAUCUGCUCUUCCUGCAAUUGACAUUAGUUUUGAAGAUGGUAAACGCAUACACUCCUACAUGAAAUCCUCUAGGAAUCUAACGGCAACUAUAUCAAGGACUUGCACUGAAAAGGACUUAUCCGCUCCAUAUGUAGCAUCCUUCUCAUCCAGAGGUCCUAAUCCCAUCAAUCCUGAUAUACUCAAGCCGGACAUAAGUGCUCCAGGAGUGGACAUUUUAGCAGCAUGGUCUUCCCUAGCUCCCAUCUCAAAUGUGAAAGGUGACAACAGAAACAGACAUUUUAAUAUCAUUUUUGGCACUUCCAUGGCCUGCCCUCAUGUUACUGCCUCCGCUGUUUAUGUUAAAACAUUCCAUCCUAAGUGGUCACCUUCUGCAAUCAAGUCUGCUCUUAUGACAACUGCUACUCCUUUGAGUGCUGCGAUGAAUCCGGACGCAGAAUUUGCAUAUGGAGCUGGGCAAAUCAACCCCGUGAAGGCACUGAAUCCUGGCUUAGUUUAUGAUGCUAAGGAAAUUGAUUAUGUGAAGUUUCUGUGUCGCCAAUCUCAUUAUGACGACAAAAAACUUCGAUCCAUUACUUGGAAUCACAGAAGUAGUUGUGCAGAAUUUGAUAAAGAAAAACAUGGCGGGGACUUGAAUCUUCCAUCCUUUGCCUUGCAAGUUAAUGUGUCGUUGGUUUUCCCACGUUCCUUUCAUAGGACUGUGACUAAUGUUGGAUUCUCUACAUCCAAAUAUGAAGCUAAGAUCAUUGCCCCUCCCUCGUUAACUAUUCAAGUAAAGCCUAAAGUUCUUCACUUCACAUCAUUGGGGCAGAAAAAGUCAUACAAACUUACCGUGGAGGGAAUAGCCAAUGUGGAUAUACUCUCUGCCUCUUUGAUUUGGGAUGACGGCACUUUCCAAGUAAGGAGCCCUAUUGUGGUGUAUAGUGAUCAAAUUGCCUUCCAUCCUCAUGAGGGAGAAGAAGCAAAUACCUAGCUUGGUAGGACUUUUAAUUAAUUAAUAUGGGAAAUGGAACUACUCUCAUGAUCCCAUAUAUGUGUAAGAAUAAUGACACUAAGAAUAAAACAUUUAAUCCUCCAGUUCAUAAUAAAAGAUCUAAUUAGAAAGUUGGUUUUGAUUCUAAAUCUAA